GGCCUGACCUGGUCUCUGAGAAUGGAAUGGGUGGUACGGGACCUCUGGGAGCCGGACAGGGUGGGGCAAGGGGAGGCGGGGCCGGGCCUCUGGGGCGGGGCGGGGCGGCUUGUUGCCGGAAACGAGUCCCAGACGCAGCGCCCCGGAAGUAGAGCGGCUGUCACAGUGCGACUCCCACUGCGGCGGCGGAGGCCUGUGUUUGCGGCCUUCUGCGAGCGACGAGGAUGGCAAGCGCAGGGGCACCUGCAACCGCAGUCCCCACCUUGGCUCCGCCUUUGGAGCAGCUCAGGCACUUGGCGGUGGAGCUGCGGUUGCUCCUUCCUCGAGUGCGGGUCGGCGAAGCCCAGGAGACCACUGAGGAGUUUAAUCGAGAGAUGUUCUGGAGAAGACUCAAUGAGACAGCUGUGAUGGUGUCAAGGGAAGCCACGACUCUGACCACAGUCUUCUCUCAGCUUCCACUGCCAUCUCCACAGGAAACCCAGAAGUUCUGUGAACAAGUCCAUGCUGCCAUCAAGGCAUUUAUUGCAGUAUACUAUUUGUUUCCAAAGGAUCAGGGAAUCACCCUGAGAAAGCUGGUACGGGGCGCCACCCUGGACAUCGUGGAUGGCAUGGCUCAGCUCAUGGAAGUACUUUCCAUCACUCCAACUCAGAGCCCUGAGAACAAUGACCUUAUUUCUUACAACAGUGUCUGGGUUGCAUGCCAGCAGAUGCCUCAGAUACCAAGAGAUAACAAAGCUGCAGCUCUUUUGAUGCUGACCAAGAAUGUGGACUUUGUGAAGGAUGCACAUGAAGAAAUGGAGCGGGCUGUGGAAGAAUGUGACCCUUACUCUGGCCUCUUGAAUGAUACUGAGGAGAACAACUCCGACAACCACAAUGAUGAGGAUGAUGUGUUGGGGUUUCCAAGCAAUCAGGACUUGUAUUGGUCAGAGGAUGAUCAAGAGCUCAUAAUCCCAUGCCUUGCACUGGUGAGAGCAUCCAAAGCCUGCCUGAAGAAAAUCCGGAUCUUAGUGGCAGAGAAUGGGAAGAAGGAUCAGGUGGCACAGCUGGAUGACAUUGUGGAUAUUUCUGAUGAAAUCAGCCCUAGUGUGGAUGAUUUGGCUCUGAGCAUAUAUCCACCUAUGUGUCACCUGACUGUGCGAAUCAAUUCUGCGAAACUUGUGUCUGUCUUAAAGAAGGCACUUGAAAUCACAAAAGCAAGUCAUGUGACCCCUCAGCCAGAAGAUAGUUGGAUCCCUUUACUUAUUAAUGCCAUUGAUCAUUGCAUGAAUAGAAUCAAGGAGCUCACUCAGAGUGAACUUGAAUUAUGAGUUUUCAGGUUCAUUUAUAGUCUCUUCUCCCCUUCUCACCAUAAUGGUCAGGCUCUGAUGUCUCCUUUUAAAAUGGAGCUAGAAUGCUUGCUGGAUUGAAAGGGAGUGCCUGUUUAUAUUUAGCAAGAGACACUAUUACCAAAGAUUGUUGGUUAGUCUAGAUUGGCACCUAUUUAUAAACCAUAUGCAAGUAAUAUAUUUUUCUGUGCUAUAUGUAAAAAAUAAUUGCAUGAUUUCUCAUUCCUGAGUCAUUUCUCAGAGAUUCCUAGGAAAGCUGCCUUAUUUGCUUUUUGCUGUAAAUUGUUUUCAUUGUAAAGAUGUUGAUGGUCUCAAUAAAAUGCUAACCUGCCAGUGA